AUGCUAUCACUAAAUAGAUCUGAUACCGUCGUGCCUGCAACAACGACAGGGCCUCCAGAUGACGCUGAUGUCAGCACGUCCAAGACUGCUACGACACUGAACGAUGACAACUCUACUGCAGAGGGUACAGAUAUCCAGCUGCCAUAUGGGAACCAAUCUCGCGAAUCGGAUUCUUCGCCAGACCCUACAGCACAGUCCAUUACGGCGUAUCCUCUCCAGAAUGACACUAGAACAACUUCCCCUACCCAAACAGCAAGUCAAGAUCCUUCUACAUGCGCUUGUUACCCACUUCCCACUUUCUGA